AUGUCGACCCGGCCUGGACUCGCUGAAAAGCGACUGUCGAACCAUCGCUUUCAACAGAUCCCUGAUUAUGCUGGCGACGGCAUGGCCAACCCAAACGAUGUCACCAUCGAGAUUCCUUUGAAUCCUGUCCCCAGCCGGGGACAAACGGGCGCUCGCAAGACGAGUAUCAACACCGCGAGCCCCGAUCCCAAUCUGUACGAGCCCCCGGGAGAGGAAGGGGGCAAUGCCGAGGAAAAGGCAGGCCUGGUCACCGGGCCUGGCCGUCGCAAACGAGUUGACUCGGGGCGCGGGCGGUCACUCGAGGAGCCAGAGGAUGGCACUCUGACGCGCAUGGGCCGCAUCUACCAAGCCAUCUUCAACUUCUCCAUCAUCACGAGAUACUUGAUUUACGUGACGCCGCUCGCGCUCUUGAUCGCGAUCCCCAUCAUUGUCGGAGCCACCGUCCGUCAGGACACGCGCAUUGGAGGCGUCCCCCUCCACUGGUUUUUCACCUGGAUUGAGGUCGUCUGGUUGAGCUUGUGGGCAUCCAAGCUCGCGGCGCAUUUCCUUCCCUAUGUCUUCCAAUUCCUGGUCGGCAUCGUCAGCUCCGGCACGCGCAAAUAUUCCUUGAUUCUGCACAGCCUGCAAUUCCCCAUCGCAACCGUGAUCUGGGCAGUGAUAUCCUUGGUCACAUUCUUGCCGAUCAUGACACUAAACCCGGUGAAGAAGGCGGAGAAUGACACCGCGGCCAAAUCGUGGGAGAAGAGCUUGAAGAACAUCCUGUUUGCGCUGCUUGUCUGCAGUCUCAUUUUCCUCGGAGAGAAGGCCCUCGUGCAGCUGAUCUCCAUCAGUUACCAUCGGAAGCAAUUCGAUAAGAAGAUCAAGGAGUCGAAGCGCAAUGUCACGCUUCUCGGAGAACUGUACGAGGCUUCUCGGAGUAUGUUUCCAAUGUACUGCAAGGAAUUUCGCGAGGAGGAUUCGGCCAUCACCGACUUCAUUACAGCAAAGAAGAAGGGAAUGCCACGCUCAGGAUCUGCGCCCCUGCGACUGAUUCGGGAAGUCGGGCAAAAUGUUGGUCGGAUCGGUGACAAAGUCACGGCGGCAUUUGGUGAUGUAGCUCAAGAGCUUACCGGCAAAGAGGUGUUUAAUUCCACUUCCGCCCGCUCCAUCGUCACCAUCGCGUUGGAGCGCAAGCGCUCAUCCGAAGCCCUUGCGCGCCGGAUCUGGAUGUCCUUCGUUAUUGAGGGUCGAGAGGCUCUGUAUUUCGAUGAUAUUGCCGAGGUCCUUGGGGCUGGAAAGGAAAGGGAGGCCGAGGAGUGCUUCCAGAUUCUAGAUCGCGAUGGCAACGGUGACAUUAGUUUGGACGAGAUGAUCCUGGCUGUUGGGGAAAUUGGUCGAGGAAGGAAGUCCCUGAACCACAGUAUGCAUGAUGUCGACCAGGCGAUCCACGUGUUGGAUAACCUUUUGAUGACUAUCGCGUUCGGCAUUAGCGUUCUGGUCUUCGUCUCGUUCGUGACCAGCGGCUUUGGCACUGUAAUUGCUGCCGGUGCUACUUCUUUACUCUCCCUGAGUUUCGUCUUUGCCACCACGGCCCAAGAAGUCCUGGGCUCCUGCAUCUUCCUGUUUGUUAAGCAUCCAUUCGAUGUCGGCGAUCGGGUGGAGAUCGACAGCAAACCAUACACCGUGGAACGUAUUUCAUUGCUCUUCACCGUCUUCUGCAGUGUGGCCGACCAUCGAACCACUCAGGUUCCGAACGUUGUGUUGAACACGCUCUGGAUCGACAAUUUCACACGCUCUAAUGCCAUGCAUGAGACAUUGACCAUUCCAAUCAAAUUUGACACGAGCUUCCAGGACAUCUCCAUGCUCCGGCAUGAGAUGGAGGCCUUUGUCCGUGACAAGGAAAAUAGCCGUGACUUCCAGCCGGAAGUGAACGUUGAUGUCGCCGGUGUUGGCGAUAUGGAUAAGCUGGAGCUCGCUGUCAGCAUCUGCCAUAAAUCCAACUGGGCCAUCGAGUCCGUCCGUGCGUCCCGUCGCUCAAAGUUUAUGUGUGCAUUGGUUGCGGCUGUCCGCAGGAUCCCUAUUCGCGCCCCUGGUGCGGCCGACGAGGAGCCUGCUGAGGAUGACAACACCGAUGAGAAACCGGAUGGCGGUGAUAAGGACGGCUCAGGUUCCAGCACAGACAAGGCGGCCGUGGCCGGACUCACAGCCACCGACAACCUCCAUGAUCCGACCAUGCCCUACGGAGAGUCCAGAUCCACCGGGCUUGACCUUGGCCGGGAUUCCGGGUCCUUACAGCGUCGCGGAGGCGGCGCCUCCGCCAGCUCCCAGAGUCAGGGCACUUUCGUCGAUCACGGCUCCAACCGUUCCACCGGGGAAGGUGAGGCCAAUGAUGGUGAGGGCUUCCAAACCCCAGGCACCUCCCCACGCAAGAAUCAGUUGAGCGUCCCUUAUAGCGUUCUCAGCCGGGAGCCAUCGACCGGCCGCCGCAAGGCCAGCACCCAGACCACCUACCCCACAGCCACGGGCGGUGUUCCCAUUCUCGCCGCCCCGGUGCCACCCCGACAUGCCUCCACUGCUCCUACUUCUACCCCUACCCCUGCCCCUGCUCCCGCCGGGCCCCUCCCGCCGGUACCCCCGGCUCCAGAGUACCAGAACUACCCCGGCCAUUACUAUGAGGACACCCCCUAUGACUCCAGCCAGCGGUACGAGCUCCCUUCGAUGGAGCCCACAGAGCAGGAAGGCUACGGUGAAUACCCUUCGCCGCACCUGCAGCAGUCUCCGACCGGCAACCAGUAUUCUUCCAAUGAGCGGAUGCCUGGCGCAUUCGUCUCACGGCACUCCCAAUACGGGACGAACAACAAUCGCUAA